UUCAAGCAACAAUCUAAGUUACAUUUUAAAAAGUUUUAUAAUUCUUUCUUCGUAAGAAUAGUUAUAAAACAAUAGUAUGUUGAUUGGGAAUCGACAAAUGCAGAGAAAACCAAGCAUGCCUAGGAUUACCAUCGAGGUUGAUGAUAAUCAUACCGCCGGCCAAGAUUCUGACGUGUCUAUGGCGGUGGUAGACGGCGGAGAUAAUUACGACCAGCGGUUCUUCGCGAUGUUAUCACCGAGAAAUCACACAAGGACCGAGAGAAAAGACUGGGGGAAAUCAACGUUGCCGUCAUCGUCUUUUCUUGGAAGCUGUGGCUUUUGCAAACGCCGUUUAGCUCCCGGCCGUGAUAUUUACAUGUACAAAGGGGAUGCAGCGUUUUGUUGCAUGGAAUGCAGAGAACAACAGAUUGAGCAGGACAGGCAAAACUCCAAGCAGAGCGCCAGAGUCGUUCUAUCACCAUCAAACUAAACAUAUGGAUGGCUCAAAUUAAGCUCUGACUAUUAAAGCUCGUGUGUGUGACUUGGGAUUGAUGCCGUUAUUAUUAAUUAGCAUCAUCAUGUAAAAAUUAGGUCAAAAAUUGAAAUGAAACUCUUUCAUGUCUUGCGUAUUAUUAUU